CUCAUUUCCCUCCUUCCUCACGGCUUCCUCCCUCCCUCCCUCCCUCCCCGCCAUCUCCACGACUCUUAAACCCGCUCCGCCACCACGAGCUCUCCGGCAAGCCAAGUCAGUCAGAGCCACCCGAAAUGGAAGUAAUGGUGCGCCCCGCCUCGCCGCCGCCGCGCCACCACGACUUCCGGUUCGACAGCCCGGCGGCGAGCCCGUACGCCACGGCGCUGUCCAGCCCGCGUGGCCGCCUCGCCACGGCCACGUUCUUGACGGCGCCGCCGUCGCCUGACCCGUUCGAGGCCGUCAUGGCGGCGCAGCAGCAGCCGGAGACGCCGCGCCUCACCCACGCCAACCCGUUCGACCUCUUCCAGCACUUCAGCAGCGCGCCGGCCAGCCCCAGGCGCGCCGCCGCCAUCUACGCGCACUUCGCCGAGGGGGGCAACGGGGGUGGCCGCGAUGACGGCGAGGAUGAGGAGGAGGAGGACGACGACGACGACGAGGGGUUCCGGCCGCGGGCGUCGUACACCGUUAACGCCUCGUCCGUGCCGUUCGAUUGGGAGGAGAGGCCCGGGACGCCGAAGGCCGGGCUCGGUGGCGGCGGCGGCGGCGCGGCGUGGGAUACGGACUUCGAAUUCGGCACGGUCGUCGACAAGGCCGCGCCGGAGGAGAAUCUGACGACCGCCGACGAGCUCUUCGAGAAGGGUAAAAUCCGGCCGCUGAAGGCGCCGCUGCCGAAGACGGCCGACGAGCUCUUCGACAAGGGCAAGGUCCGGCCGCUGAAGCCGCCUCCUGGGCUGCUCGACGGCGGGAGCGUCGCGUCGUCGCCGCGGUCGCCGAUGUCGAGAGGCGGCGGCAUGUGGUCGCCUCGCCGACGGAGCAGGGUCGGCUCCGGCGUCGACUUCGACCCGUUCGCCGCUGCUCUGCUGGAGGCGACCAAGGCGCCGUCGCCGUCGCCGUCGCCGCUCGGCGUCGCCGCCUCAGGCUCCCCGGCCAAGAAAGCCGACCAGUUCACCACCCGUCCGGCCUCCAAGAGCGCCGGGUGGAGGAGGUGGCGGCUCAGCGACCUCCUCCUGUUCCGGAGCUCGUCGGAACACGGCCGCGUGACCAAGGACCCGAUCUUCAAGAGCUCGCCGGCGAGACACCCCGACUCGCCGGUGAAGAAGGCGAGCGCACGGCCCACGACGACGCCGGGCAAGGCCAAUGGCAAAGCCGACACCGCGAGCAAGCCGAGGAAGCACGCCGGCGACAAGAACGCCGCGGCGGCGGCGGAGGGCAUCCUCGGGUCCGUCAGGCUGAGCCCGCUGCAGCGGCUGGCGAGAGGGCUCAGAGGAAGCUCGUGGUACCACGGCCAUGGCGGCAUGGCGAAGCUUGGGACCAAAGGGUGAAGGAAAUCCAUGGCGAUCGGUAGCUUCAUUGCUCGCCAUUGUCCAUACAAGAGGUGGUGGUUUUUUCAUUUUUCUUCUUAUUUUUUCUUUUCUUGGAAAUAAUUUUGUAAAACUUAUUUGAAAGUUGAAACCAUGUAAAAUGUGCCGAACAUUUUUGUUUUUGGUGUUUGGUUUCCUUCUCUUUCUCGAGCUUGACCGUAUUAUCAUACACAUGUACUUUAUGUGAAUUUUUUUUAGAUAUAGUUUAUAUGGCUAUACAUAAUAGAAGAAAUAUAAAAUGACAAAUGGUUAAUUA